CAUGUUUACAGUUAACUUGAUCUCUUUUUGUCUAAACAUGAUAGUGGUGUAGUUCAUGUAAUAAAUUAUGGAGCUUGAUGUAGUGCAUUGCAAACUUAGAACCAAAAAAACGUGGAUAGCGGAGUAGUUUAUGUGAUCAUACGCAAGACUGGAAUGUUUCCCUCUCUGCAGAAGUUUACUUUAUCUUUUGGAGUUUUUAACUGGGGACCAUAGUAGGAACAUUGGAAAAGGUUAACAAAAGUGAAUUAGGAUUGAGUUUCAAGCUUUUCUUGUGGGCUACUGUUGAAUUUCCUCCAUUAGAGAAGGAAGAUGUCUAAUCAUUAAAGGAAUGCUUAUUCUAAGAAGUCUAUUAUUUGAGAUAUGCUAUGUAGUUUAUGAUUUUGCAUUCACCUACUUGCUUUUAAGUUGAUAAAGAAGCCUAAUGCUUAGCAUGUUGCAUACUAUAUUCCCUAAACUACAUAUUAGCCUUACUUUCUGAUUGAGUUUAUAUUUUUCAACAUGAUAUCAUAGGCCCUACUGUUUUUUCAUGCUCCCUUGCAAUCAUUUUGUAUCACAGGUCCUGCAAAUUUAUUAUUUGAGUUAAUGGUAAAAAACACACCUAUUGUCGAUUGGAAACAAAUAUUUGACCAAUUCAGUAUCGAGGUGUGUUUUAAUACAAGAGAGUGAUAGUUAGGUAAGUAAAGAGAACAAUGGAUAGUUGAGGUAUGAAACUCGUAAAAAGGGGAUAGUUUAGGUGUGUUUUUAACUAUUAACUCUUAUUAUUUUGUUUUUUUACAUAAUUGGUGUUUAUGUUGUGUAGAGAAAUUUUCUGGUUUUUGAUGGGAGUUUUGCAUUUUGUUGUUGAUCUUGUUCUGUAUUAACCAUAUUAUAUUCACCCUGCAAGUUUCAGAUCAAAUCUGAUGUAGCCAACUAAGAUGAGCUAUCUAAAGUAACUGUCAAUUAUGUCAAAGAACAGUUAAAUCUGACACACAUUAAACUAUAGGCUUCAACUAAAUCCAUUUUCUUUUUAGCUAUUCCAAAUGAAGACCAAUCUUACUUAUAUUCUAGCCCCAAGAGCUUUGGUCUAGUGGUAAAGAGCGUUACAAGUGAUGUGUAGAUUAGGCGUAGGUCAGGGGUAUGAACCCUGCCGUCUGGUAUUUAAGUGGAUAAGAGUAGAAGGGCGGGCCAUCUCAUCGCUUACCCAAAAAAAUGGUAUUUUUAUUCCAAUUGUGCAGGAGCUUUUCAUCUUCCAUGAUGAGACCAAGUGGUUUCUACAACAUAAUGUCUUCCUUCUGUUUCAUUAACUUGAAUAUAUGAUAUAUCCCUCAGCAGCCAUUUCAGUAGCACACCACCACCAAAGCUUUUUCCAGAUUCUUGAAAUCAACUAGUACAUAGGACCUGGCACUAGCAUGUGAAAACAACCAAAAGUUCUCACCUUUUUUUGCACCUUUUUCUGUUUCUUCAAUCUUCUUUUAAUGGUGUUUAUAAUUGUAGAGAAACGUGAUUACUUCUCUUCUCAACCACUUCUUCAAAAGCAUGACACCUAAUACAAAUCUUUAAAGGAAAUAAAGAAUAUCUAAUUUACAUCAUGAUCACAAGCUUUUAUGAGCUUAAAGAAUGUCCCUUACAUCCUUAGUGAUCUUCACAGGUUCAUUAAUCUUGAGACACAAUCAUGAUUAGUGAAACCCCACUUUCUAAUUGCAUAAAUUAUUUUCCCUUAAACAUCUCUCCUUCAAAUCAGACCUCAAAGGAUGCAGAACCCUAAGGCAGCAGCAACAGCCAAGAAGCAGAAGCUUAAGGGAUGCAGUGCCUUGUGUUGUAGCUGUAGGCUGAGUGUUUCGUCGUCUUCAGAAGAAGCUGAAAGCUCCAGUUCUGGUAGAUAUCCGACUAUUUCGAGUCUAACACAUGCUAUGGUGCAAGAGAGGUUAGACAAGAUGAUUAGAGAAAGAGAAGAGGAGAAAAACGAAGAGAUGAGAAGGAGGAGGAGGAGGGCGGAGCGAGAUGAGAAGACAAAGUUUAUAGUGAUGAUAGCUAUGGAGAAGUCAUCUUACGAUCCAAGAGAGGAUUUUAGGGAGUCAAUUGAACAGAUGAUAAUUGCAAAUAGGAUUUGUGAUCCUAAAGAUUUAAGGCGGCUUUUGAAUUAUUAUGUUUCUAUGAAUGCUGAGGAAUAUCGUGGUGUUAUACUUGAAGUGUUCCAUCAAGUUUGCACCACUUUCUUCUUAUCAUGUAAACAACCUUCAUCUCAUCAAGUAUAAUAUUUCUUUCAAUUCAAA